AAUCUCACUCGGGAGCCUGGAGCAGAAUUCAAGGUCAGCUUGGCUUACGUGAAUUCCAGCCCAUCCUUCCCCUUCAGAAGUCACUACUAAGGACUGCUGUAACAAACUCCGUCUGAACACGGAAUUGGAGUUCUCGACCGGACGCCAACCAGUACGCAGAGUUCCGGGAGGCCCUAACAAAGUUUGGCGCGUAGUCCGGGAGACCCGGAGGCGUAGAGCGGUUGGCCUGGACGCGCUUCCGGGACUGUGGAAGGGGACGGGCUCCUAAGCUCCGCCCCAUGGGUGGAGCCACGUCCAGGACAAGCCGGGGCUGCGGCAGGGCAUCAUGAAGCAGCUGCCCAUCUUGGAGCCUGGAGACAAGCCCAGGAAAGCCACAUGGUACACUUUGAGUUGCCCUGGAGACAGGCCCUGCCCUCGAGUUGGCCACAGCUGCUCAUACUUCCCCCCAGUUGGCGAGGCUGAGAGCGGGAAGAUCUUCAUUGUCGGGGGAGCAAAUCCAAACCAAAGUUUCUCAGAUGUACACACCAUGGACUUGGGAACACACCAGUGGGACACGGCCACCAGGGAGGGCCUCUUGCCUCGGUACGAGCAUGCCAGCUUCCUUCCCUCCUGCUCUCCUCACAGCAUCUGGGUGUUUGGAGGUGCAGACCAGUCAGGAAAUCGAAACUGUCUGCAAGUCUUGAGUCCUGAAGACAGGACAUGGAGCACACCAGAAGUGACUGGCUCCCCACCAUCCCCAAGAACAUUCCACACAUCGUCCGCAGCUAUCGGAAACCAACUAUACGUCUUUGGGGGAGGAGAGAGAGGUGCCCAGCCUGUGGAGGACGUGAAGUUGCAUGUGUUUGAUGCAAACACUCUGACAUGGUCUCAGCCGGAGACGCAUGGAAGUCCUCCGUCUCCUCGGCAUGGCCAUGUGAUGGUGGCAGCGGGCACAAAACUCUUCAUCCACGGAGGAUUGGCAGGGGACAAGUUCUUUGAUGAUCUCCAUUGCAUUGAUAUAGGUGACAUGAGCUGGCAGAAGCUUGGUCCCACCGGUGCUGUUCCAGUCGGCUGUGCUGCCCAUGCCGCCGUCGCUGUGGGACACCAUGUAUAUAUGUUUGGAGGUAUGACAGCCACUGGAGCACUGAACAUGAUGUACAAGUAUCACACAGAAAAGCAGCACUGGACUGUACUUCAGUUUGACACUUCCCUACCCGCUGGACGACUGGACCACUCCAUGUGUGUCAUCCCAUGGCAAGUGAUGUCUACCUCUGAGAAUGAAGACUCAGAUUCUGUCAUUCUAACCCUCCAAGAUGAGAAAGGAGACGCUGCUGAGAAAGCAGAGACCCAGAGUGGAGGACCACAUGAGGAGAGUCCAACUACUGUGCUGCUCUGUUUUGUGUUUGGUGGGAUGAAUACAGAAGGGGAGAUUUAUGACGACUGUCUCGUAACUGUAGUGGACUAAUAAAACCCACAUCUGUA